GGAUGCCGUGCUGCGGCUGGUACAUGUUUAGUCCCAUAUCGCCAGUUUACCGGCGUUUCCGCCGUUUUGUGAAGCUCGACGUUGGCGAGGCUAUCACCAAGUAGAGCAGCAGUAGAGAGUAGAGAGUACGAGUAGUGUGUAAGGUAGAGGUAUAUAGGAGGGGUUCAAAAUUUUCUUUUUCAGGAAGCUAUUUUUGUUUGACAGCCACAGCCUAGAACAGAUAACAGAGCAACUACACAUAGUAGUGUGUACGGUAGAGGUAUAGGAUAGGAUAUGUGCGUACGGGGGGCUAGUUGUGUUACAGGGGCCCAGGAGCAUUUGUGGAUUUCUGGAUGUUACACAUGAGGGCCGAAUGAUGAUAAUUUUAUCUGCUGAUCGCAUAUGCAGAAUAUCUCCUGGGAGGGGAGGUCUGUUCUUCACGACGACAUGAUAAGUAUAGUAUAUCACUCACAAGUUUCUAACAGAACCAGGUAGGAGUUCUUAGGCUUCGGCCAGUGCGCGUGCGCGUGCAUCCUGUUUCAAUUCCUAUCCAAUUUGAUUCCUGGCAUUUUCUAGUUAGGUUGUGUGUAUUGGAGUACAUGACAUAAAUCUAGCGGGCAUUGCUGAUCCUGGGUAAAUUGCGGUGUGAAAUAACCGGUGCCCCCUCUCAUGGUUAUUUUGUUUGUCAUCCAUUUGCUGAUCUAUGCGUUGAACUAAAGUUACAGAUAGCCGCAGAAGCUGCAGAUUGAGUACACCAGAGCCAAUUAAAUUGUAGGCCAUAAUCCCUCAUGUUUACCGUAACACCACCUCCGUCCCUUUAAAGUCCUUUGCCGAUGAGUGGGCCCAUCUCUCCACGAUCUCCACCGUCUUUUUCUGUGGCAAUGGUGAAGAUGCUGCUGCUGCAGAUGAUGACUCCUGGUGUGAUGCUUCAGAUUCUACAGGACAUGAUUCCAGCUUACACAGAGAAUGGACCCACAGGCAGGACCAGUUUCAUAAGAUGGGCUAUAGGGAUGGUAUGACAGAAGGGCAGAAGGAUGCUGCCCAAGAGGGGUUCAACCUUGGGCAUAGGCAGUCUGCGGAUGUUGGAUACAAGUGGGGUCUUGUUCGGGGGAUUACUAGUGCAUUUGCUAGUCUUUCCGACAGUCUUAAAGAAAAGUGGCUGCUCGACACCCAGCGUAGAGGAAAACUUGAAGAUUUGCACAACUUCGUGCAAGAAAUUUCAGCACAGGGUGCUCUGCAGUUGUUUCACGAGAGUACUCUUAAGAAUAAUCUUCGACCAGAGGAGAGCAAGCUCCAAACAAUUACAAAGGACCUUCUCCUGUUGUUGCACGAAUGCCCAGAUGUUCAUAGGGCCUGAAGAACUAUCCCAAGCAGACUGGAUUUUCAUGGAACAUGUGACAGACUGUGUUAUCGCCGACCUAAGUUUGACUCCAAUGGCGGAGUCUGUACACGGCAUGGACGAUCUCGACCAUCUCAUCACCCAUGAACUCUCAGAGAGCAGGCUGUUCAUGCGUGGAACAUGUGACAAACCACAUUGGUGCCAACCUAUGUUUGACUACUCCAAGAGUUAUGAUUGAUUGGAAAUUGCCAUUAGAUUACUACAUGUUUUUCUUUUUCUUUCCUAUAUCUUGUUUCGCUGGAACAUUCUAGUGAUCAUAUAUCGGUGAAACCUUCGGUUACCUUAGAGAGUGUGAGUUGGCUUUGAUAGCAGUUCAACCCUGUAGUAUUAACUUAACCUACAAUGACAUGCUGUGGUUUUUAUUUGUGCUGCUGGAACAGUCGCUGAUCUUAGACUGAUGAAACAUUCAGAUACCUUUGUUAU